AGCGCCGGCCCGCCGGACCGCCGGACCCUGCAUGACGGCGAACUUCCCGGAACCGCCCGAUCCCGAUGGCCGAGCGGAGCCGUUCCAGCGGGUCGUCCAAAGAGGAUUAUGGUCCAGGCUGGACACAGCUCACUGACCAUGGCAAGAUCUACUUGAGCAAGAAGGAGAAGAACGUCUUCAUUCUGGAAGGCACCAAAUCCUCGGGCUUCUCCGGCUGUUGCUACGGUGGCAGCCCGGAGGAGCGACGCCUGCUGGCGGAAGGUGUCUAUGCACUGAGCGCGGAGCUGAAGUGCAUGCCACAAGAGCAGACCCCAGAUCAACAGAUCUUCCUCUUGCUCGACUGCAACAAGGUCACAGACCUCUCCUCGGGCUGUGACUUCCUGGCCUUGCGCAUGAACUUUGACACCCGCGAGCUUCGGGUGGAGAGUCAGAAGCGGCACAAGCAGACGGUGACGCACUUCGCGCAACCCAACUGUAGCAUACUGAGACCUCAGAGUUACCUUACAGUGCAGGCAGAGUUCAGUGGGGAGACCAUGAGCUUGACGGUGAGUGGCAUCUCGAUGGUGAAGAAUUUGCGGGUUGACCGCGGGUCAAAUGCAGGAGAGAGCAGCGUUGGGUUGGCCGUCUAUGGAAAGACUCGCUGCUACGUGAAGCGCUUUCGCCUGGUGCCUGGCACCACUCGGGACGAUGAAGAGACCUCUGCAAGCGCUGCCACAUCAUCUGCAAGAAAGGCACCAUCAGCAUAUGGGCCACUCAGCAUCAUGCCUGGAGCUGGUUCUGCUGUGAAUGAAGAAAUAGACCUUGCUAUGUCGAUCGAGCGAGAUAUCGUUUGCCAAGAUUUGAAGGUCCGCUUCGAGGACAUCGGUGGCCUGGAGGAUGCCAAACGGGCCAUCAACGAGGCCGUGAUUUUGCCCCUGCUGAUGCCGGAAUUCUUUGUGGGACUGCGAAAGCCUUGGAAAGGAGUGCUGCUCUUUGGCCCCCCCGGCACUGGAAAGACCAUGCUGGCAAAGGCCGUGGCGUCCUGCACGGAGAACAUCACCUUCUUCAACUGCAGCUCUGCCACCCUGACCUCCAAGUGGCGGGGCGAAUCCGAGAAGCUCCUCCGGGCGCUCUUCCAGACGGCGAGAGCUCGAGUCCCUUCGAUCCUCUUCUUCGAUGAGAUCGAUUCGUUGUUGUCCCAACGUGGUGGACCAGCUGAGCACGAGGCCUCGCGGCGGUUCAAAUCCGAGUUCUUGAUACACAUGGAUGGCCUGCUGAGUGAUGCCGGCGAGCAGAAUGGACACCUCUUCGUUCUGGCGACCAGCAACGCGCCCUGGGACCUGGAUGAGGCCCUCCGCCGCCGCUUGGAGAAGAGGAUCUACAUCCCUUUGCCAGAUGAGAAUGCGCGGCAUCGGAUGUUGGAGCAUUUUCUCAAGGAGAUUGAUUUGUCGGACGUGGACCUCGCACAGCUGGCAACGCGCCUGGAGCGGUACAGCGGCGCCGAUGUGCAGCUGGUGUGCCGCGAAGCAUCCAUGAACCCCAUGCGCCGUCUGGUGGAAGGUCUUUCUCCCAGCGAGCUAGUGGAGCUGCGGGCAGAAGGCAAGCUGAGCAUGGAGAACUUGUCAGUGUCCAUGUCCGACUUUGAAGAUGCGAUCCACCGUGUGCAACCCUCCGUCUCGCACAGCGAUACUCAACGAUAUUUGGACUGGCAGAAGGACUUCGGUUCGCAGUGAGCAGCUUCGCAGCCAAAGAAACCACAGCUUGAUUGUUGAGAGCAACGCCCUGCACAUGGCCUGUGGAUUGCAACGGAGUUGCCAAAGUAGAGCGAUUGCUUUUCUUGCCCUCCUCAGCUUCUGAAAGUGGCUGGUAAUUGGAUGUGUUCCGAUGAAUAGCAGCCACAGGGGCAGGCUAUGGCAGGCUUUGCCGGUGAUGGCUUGUCCAAGAAAAGCAAUGACAUGAAGCGUUUGAGCUUGGUAUGGCUCGAAGCCACAGACGGGUGAGACGGGCCUUAAAUCGACGAUCAGGCCGGUCGGCGAGGUCUCAGAUCAAUUGUCUUUUUCUUCAAGAACGGCAUGGACUGCUGCUUCCUCCUGUCCAACUCAAAGUACUCUGGAAGUAGCCGAGGACAACUUGAAAGCUAUAUCCUGAAUUGUCCACAGUUGGAGUUGGAGAUCAAAGAUCAUGGAAGGAAAGCUGAAAUCAAUACCUGGUUAGCGUUUCGAGAGAAGUUUGCAUCGUGGUUGUCUUUGUUGGAUGAACGUUAUGCAGUGAGAUGAAGCACAAGGACAUGGUGGCCAAGCUGUUGAAGAGGGUGAACUGCAUCAGGGCCUGCCAAACAGGCCAGUAACUUUGCACAUUGUGCACUCACAUUUCACAACUCUUUAAAUGUCAUUUGUUUGAAAGUCAUGCAUGUGUUUCUCACCUCUGUUUGUCACCUCAUUGCACC